AUGAAUGACAACCACCCAGAAAUAUCCAUUAAAUCAUUUCAGAGUCCAGUCAGUGAGGACAUAGCGUUAAACACAGUGAUAGCUGUAGUUAGUGUCAGUGAUAAAGACUCAGGUGAUAAUGGAGUGGUUGAUCUUCAUAUUCCAGACAACAUGCAUUUCAAACUGAGGGAGUCCUCUGAUAACUAUUAUGAGUUAGUGGUGUCAGAGCCACUAGACCGAGAGAAGGUCCCAGAAUAUGAAAUCACUUUCACUGUGACAGACAGAGGGUCUCCUCCUUUAUCUGAUAAUGAAACUAUGACUUUGGAGCUGCUGGAUGUUAAUGAUAAUGUUCCACAGUUCCCCCAGUUAUUUAAUACUAUUCGUGUUAUGGAGAAUAACGCACCUGGAGCCUUGCUCAGCUCGCUUACUGCAUUUGACCCUGACCUCCAUGAAAACCAGUAUCUAGUUUAUUUCAUCAUAGAGAGGGAGAUUGCCAACACCUCCAUGUCCAUGCUGUUCUCCAUCAAUCCAGAGAACGGGAACCUUUACGCACUGAAAACCUUUGACUAUGAGAUUGAGAAGGAGUUUCUUUUUCACAUUGAGGCCAGAGACUCUGGUUCUCCUCCUCUCAGCAGUAACGUGACCGUUCACAUCAUCAUUGUGGACCAAAAUGACAACGCUCCAGUUAUUGUCUCUCCAUGGCGCGCUCAUGGCUCAGUGGUGGAGGAGAAGAUCCCCAGAUCCACUGAUAAAGGCUCCCUGGUGGCUAAAGUGAUCGCCAUAGACACAGACUCUGUGCACAACUCUCGGAUUACCUACCAGUUUCUGCAGGUGACUGAUGCUUCCUUGUUCAGUCUGGACCAAUACAACGGAGAGAUCCGGACUAUGAGGAUGUUCAGUUACAAAGACUCACGCCACCACAGACUGGUUGUUGUUGCCAAGGACAACGGGGAGCCUGCUCUCUCUGCUACAGUCACCAUCAAGCUGCUGACAGUGGAGACUGAUGUUAAGGCCUACUCUGACAUGACUGAGAUGCCUCUGGAAUAUGACAUCUUUUCAGACAUAAACCUGUAUCUGGUCAUCGGUCUGGGCUCGGUGUCAUUUCUCCUGCUCAUCACCAUACUGGUCACCAUCGUGCUGAAGUGUCAGAAACCCAAACCCAGCAAAGCUGCUCCUCCCAGCAGGAACAGCGUGAUCAGUGAGAGGAACUCCACCAUUGCAGACUCCACUCUGGUCUCCAACGAUGCCUACUGGUACAGUCUGUUUCUAGCAGAGACCAGGAAAGGAAAGCUGGUGGUUAGACAGCCUGUGCCAAAGGGCUCCAGAUACAUCGUGUCCAGCAUCCCGAGAGGGACAGGACUGUCAGAGACUAGUGACUCAGCAGCUUCUACUCUGCAGGGACCUAUGCAGAGGUACGUUCUGCUCUUUAUUUUUAAUACCUUCGUCCACAAGAUAUCGACGUCAGUGACUCAUUAUUCCAUACCAGAAGAGAUGAAAGAAGGAUCAAUUGUUGCCAAUCUUGCUUCAGAUCUUAGCCUGGACGUGACUACACUGAGUCGUAGAAAAAUGCGGGUUGAUAUCAUCGCUAAUAAGAAAUAUCUGGAUGUGAACAAAGAGACUGGCGAGCUGUAUAUUGUGGAAAGAAUUGACAGAGAACACAUUUGUCCCACAAAAUCAUCGGCCCCUUGCUAUUUACGAUUAGAAAUAAUCUUAGAAAAUCCAGUGCGUAUUUUUAAUAUAGAGGUAGAAAUUUUGGAUAUGAAUGACAACGCGCCACAGUUUCGAAGAGACGUCAUACAUUUAGAUAUAUCCGAGGCGACGCCUAAAGGAGAGAGAUUUUCCCUGAGUAACGCGGCUGAUCCUGACGUUGGAGCAAAUUCAUUAAACACGUAUGACCUGAGUGAAAGCGAACAUUUUAAUAUUGAGGUUCAAACGGGGAGAGACGGGUCGAAAUUCGCUGAUUUGAUUCUCAAAAAAACAUUAGAUCGGGAGAAGCAGGCUGUUCAUAGUUUAAUACUCACAGCUGUAGACGGAGGGAUACCUGCUCGAUCUGGCACGGCCAGUGUUAUUGUUCGUGUUUUAGACACAAACGAUAAUGCUCCCAUAUUCGAUGAACCCAGCGUUACUGUCAAAAUAUUUGAAAAUGAUCCCAUUGGAAGCCUAGUUAUCCGUGUCAAGGCAGCAGAUUUAGAUGAAGGCUCUAAUUCUGAUAUAACAUAUUCAUACAGUCUUUAUACAUCAGAGAGAACACAGCAAACAUUUAAUCUGAAUCCAACCACAGGGGAAAUUACUGUGAGAGGGAUGUUGAACUAUGAGGAUUUCAGGAUUUAUGACAUGGAAGUCAUAGCAACAGAUAAAGGAGCCAACAUUUUGUCAGGACAAUGUACUAUAAAGAUACUAGUUGAAGACAUGAAUGACAACCACCCAGAAAUAUCUAUUAAAUCAUUUCAGAGUCCAGUCAGUGAGGACAUAGCGUUAAACACAGUGAUAGCUGUAGUUAGUGUCAGUGAUAAAGACUCAGGUGAUAAUGGAGUGGUUGAUCUUCAUAUUCCAGACAACAUGCCUUUCAAACUGAGGGAGUCCUCUGAUAACUAUUAUGAGUUAGUGGUGUCAGAGCCACUAGACCGAGAGAAGGUCCCAGAAUAUGAAAUCACUUUCACUGUGACAGACAGAGGGUCUCCUCCUUUAUCUGAUAAUGAAACUAUGACUUUGGAGCUGCUGGAUGUUAAUGAUAAUGUUCCACAGUUCCCCCAGUUAUUUAAUACUAUACGUGUUAUGGAGAAUAAUGCACCUGGAGCCUUGCUCAGCUCGCUUACUGCAUUUGACCCUGACCUCCAUGAAAACCAGUAUCUAGUUUAUUUCAUCAUAGAGAGGGAGAUUGCCAACACCUCCAUGUCCAUGCUGUUCUCCAUCAAUCCAGAGAACGGGAACCUUUACGCACUGAAAACCUUUGACUAUGAGAUUGAGAAGGAGUUUCUUUUCCACAUUGAGGCCAGAGACUCUGGUUCUCCUCCUCUCAGCAGUAACGUGACCGUUCACAUCAUCAUUGUGGACCAAAAUGACAACGCUCCAGUUAUUGUCUCUCCAUGGCGCGCUCAUGGCUCAGUGGUGGAGGAGAAGAUCCCCAGAUCCACUGAUAAAGGCUCCCUGGUGGCUAAAGUGAUCGCCAUAGACACAGACUCUGUGCACAACUCUCGGAUUACCUACCAGUUUCUGCAGGUGACUGAUGCUUCCUUGUUCAGUCUGGACCAAUACAACGGAGAGAUCCGGACUAUGAGGAUGUUCAGUUACAAAGACUCACGCCACCACAGACUGGUUGUUGUUGCCAAGGACAACGGGGAGCCUGCUCUCUCUGCUACAGUCACCAUCAAGCUGCUGACAGUGGAGACUGAUGUUAAGGCCUACUCUGACAUGACUGAGAUGCCUCUGGAAUAUGACAUAUUUUCAGACAUAAACCUGUAUCUGGUCAUCGGUCUGGGCUCGGUGUCAUUUCUCCUGCUCAUCACCAUACUGGUCACCAUCGUGCUGAAGUGUCAGAAACCCAAACCCAGCAAAGCUGCUCCUCCCAGCAGGAACAGCGUGAUCAGUGAGAGGAACUCCACCAUUGCAGACUCCACUCUGGUCUCCAACGAUGCCUACUGGUACAGUCUGUUUCUAGCAGAGACCAGGAAAGGAAAGCUGGUGGUUAGACAACCUGUGCCAAAGGGCUCCAGAUACAUCGUGUCCAGCAUCCCGAGAGGGACAGGACUGUCAGAGACUAGUGACUCAGCAGCUUCUACUCUGCAGGUAGGAGUUUUGUGUUCUCGCUGUGUGGCUUAA